AGGGAGCUGCCGAAUUGGUUGGUUGGAGCGGAGAGUGCCAAGGGUUAUGGGGGGAAAGGAUACCAGACCAGGUUAUUCAGACAGCAUCCUAAGGCAACGAGAAGCCACUGCACAGGUCUCAGGCAGAGGCGUGACAGGAUCCGAUUUGUUUUUAACUCGGCUCCUGGGAGACUGGCCGAAGGGACGUACGCGGGGAGCCAGCGCUGGAUGGGAGAACCGGCAGAACCUACUGAGGACGGAGGCAGUGCCCCGGACCACCUAGGCUUCUGGUGGGUCCUGGCGGGGAGGAGACCUGGGGCGCCGAGGGGUGCGUUCAGCAGCGAGACGGGCAAGCGCGGAGCUGGGCAGCUCAGGGUCUGCCGGGUGGCUCGUCCACCGCGAAGCCCCUGACCCCUGGAGUUCGGCGAAGGCCUCCUCCAGGUCCCAUUUCCUAAGGCGCUUUCUAGGCCCAGGGAAGAAGGAGAAAGAGAGCGGAGAGGCGAGGAUGGUGCGGGCCCGGACGCCCCGCGCAGCGCGUACGCACCUCCUUGGCGAUCACCGCGAUGCACACCGCCAUCUUGGGAGGCCCGGCGCUGGCGUCGCAUCACGUGACCCGCCGCUGGUCUCGCAGCCCCCCCCAAACCCCGCCCCGCCAGCCUCGCAGCUGGCUCUGGCCCCGCCCCACUGGUCACGAGGCCGUCCAGGCCCCGCCUCCGUCCCGGCGCGGACUCUGGCCCCGCCCCACUGGUCACGAGGCCGUCCAGGCCCCGCCCCGCAGCCCAGCCGGAAGGGCCGGCGGACGCUCGCUGCUGGGUCGGCUCGCUGGCUCCGGCUCCGCGGCUCGGGUGGUUGCCAUGGCGGCGGUUGUCGCGGCGACGAGGUGGUGGCGGCUGUUGCUGGUGCUGAGCGCCGGGGGCAUGGGGGCCUCGGGCGCCCCGCAGCCCCCCAACAUCCUGCUUCUGCUCAUGGACGACAUGGGAUGGGGCGACCUCGGGGUGUACGGAGAGCCCUCCAGAGAGACCCCGAAUUUGGACCGGAUGGCUGCAGAAGGGAUGCUUUUCCCAAACUUCUAUUCUGCCAACCCUCUGUGCUCACCAUCCAGGGCGGCACUGCUCACGGGACGGCUGCCCAUCCGCAAUGGCUUCUACACCACCAACGCCCAUGCCAGAAACGAUAUUACGAAGAAUUUCCGAUUAAUCUGAAGACGGGGGAAGCCAACCUCACCCAGAUCUACCUGCAGGAAGCCCUGGACUUCAUUAAGAGACAGGCACGGCGCCACCCCUUCUUCCUCUACUGGGCUGUCGACGCCACACAUGCACCUGUCUACGCCUCCAAACCCUUCUUGGGCACCAGUCAGCGAGGGCGGUAUGGAGAUGCCAUCCGGGAGAUUGAUGACAGCGUUGGGAAGAUGCUGGAGCUUCUCCACGACCUGCACGUCGCAGACAACACCUUCGUCUUCUUCACAUCGGACAACGGUGCUGCCCUCAUUUCCGCCCCCGAACAAGCUGGCAGCAACGGCCCCUUUCUGUGUGGGAAGCAGACCACGUUUGAAGGAGGGAUGAGGGAGCCUGCCCUCGCGUGGUGGCCGGGGCACAUCGCCGCAGGCCAGGUGAGCCACCAGCUGGGCAGCAUCAUGGACCUCUUCACCACCAGCCUGGCGCUUGCGGGCUUGACGCCGCCCAGAGACAGGGCCAUCGAUGGCCUCAAUCUCCUCCCCGCCCUCCUGCAGGGCCGGCUGAUGGACAGGCCCAUCUUCUAUUACCGCGGUGACACACUGAUGGCGGCCACCCUGGGGCAGCACAAGGCUCACUUCUGGACCUGGACCAACUCAUGGGAGAACUUCAGACAGGGCGUUGAUUUCUGCCCUGGGCAGAACGUUUCAGGGGUCACAACUCACAGCCUGGAAGACCACACGAAGCUGCCCCUGAUCUUCCACCUGGGACGGGACCCGGGGGAGAGGUUCCCCCUGAGCUUUGCCAGCGUUGAGUACCAGGAGGCCCUCAGCAGGAUCACUUCGGUCGUCCAGCAGCACCAGGAGGUCUUGGUCCCCGGGCAGCCCCAGCUCAACGUGUGCAACUGGGCAGUCAUGAACUGGGCACCCCCGGGCUGUGAAAAGUUAGGGAAGUGUCUGACACCUCCAGAAUCCAUUCCCAAGAAGUGCCUCUGGUCCCACUAGCACCUGCGUGGACCCAGGCCAGGCCUGGAAUCUCCGGUUGGCUCUGCAAGUGCCUGGGGGGAGGACGGCUCUGGUCUCGGUGCUCCCCCGACCCUGCCCAGGCCAGACAGACGGCACCUGCAGACACGGGGACUGCACGACUCCACCUGCCCAGGACCUGACCCUGGAGUGUGCUCGGCCCUCCUCCUCGCCCACGGGGCCUCAGAUCUCAGGACCCUCCUCCUCGGCCGCGGCGCCUCAGACCUCAGGACACUGCCGUCUCACGCCUUUGUGAACCCCAAAUAUCUGAGACAGGUCUCGGUCAAUUUAGAAAGUUUAUUUUGCCAAGGUUAAGGAUGCACCCGUGAUAGCCUCAGGAGGUCCUGAAAACACGUGCCCGAGGUGGUUGGGGGUACAGUUUGCCUUUACAUCUUAGGGAGACAUAAGAUAGUAUGUGUAAGACGUACAUUGGUUCGGCCAGCCUUCCACUGAAUACAUGAUUGAGUCUGGCCCAGUGAAUCCGCAUUUUUAUGUUAACAAUAAGGGAGGGGAACAAUCAGAUAAGCGUUUGUCUCAGGGGCCCCAGAGGGGUGACUUCCAGUUCCGUCUGUCCUUUGUCCACAAGGAAUUUCCUUGGGCGCUAAUUAUGAGGGAGGCGUAGUCUUUAUCAUUGUAGCUAUGUUACUUAGAAAUAAAACAGGAGGCAGGUUUGCCUAAUUCCCAGCUUGA